CUGGAAGAAUGUCUUUUCCACCUCAUUUGAAUCGCCCUCCUAUGGGAAUCCCAACGCUUCCCCCUGGGAUCCCACCUCCACAGUUUCCUGGCUUUCCUCCACCUGUACCUCCUGGGACCCCUAUGAUUCCAGUACCAAUGGGCAUUAUGGCUCCUGCUCCUACUGUGUUAGUUCCUACCACAGUGUCUAUGGUUGGAAAACAUUUGGGAGUCAGAAAAGAACAUCCGGGCUUAAAGAACAAAGAAAAUGAUGAAAACAGCGGUCCCACUACCACCGUUUUUGUAGGCAACAUUUCUGAGAAGGCCUCUGACAUGCUCAUACGGCAGCUUCUUGCAAAGUGUGGCUUGGUUUUGAGUUGGAAGAGAGUACAAGGGGCAUCUGGGAAACUUCAAGCCUUUGGAUUCUGUGAGUACAAAGAACCAGAAUCCACACUACGAGCACUGAGACUACUCCAUGACCUCCAGAUUGGAGAGAAGAAGCUGCUAGUCAAAGUUGAUGCAAAGACAAAGGCUCAGCUAGAUGAAUGGAAAGCAAAGAAAAAGGCUUCUAAUGGGAACACCAGACCAGAGACAACAAAUGAUGACGAGGAAGCACUAGAUGAGGAAACAAAGAGAAGAGAUCAGAUAAUUAAAGGGGCCAUUGAAGUCUUAAUACGAGAAUAUUCCAGCGAGCUCAAUGCCCCCUCCCAGGAAUCUGACUCUCAUCCCAGGAAGAAGAAAAAGGAAAAGAAGGAGGACAUUUUCCGCAGAUUUCCAGUGGCCCCACUGAUACCUUAUCCACUCAUCACCAAGGAGGAUAUAAAUGCUAUAGAAAUGGAGGAAGACAAAAGAGACCUGAUAUCAAGAGAGAUCAGUAAAUUCAGAGACACACACAAGAAACUGGAGGAGGAAAAAGGCAAAAAGGAGAAAGAAAGACAGGAAAUUGAAAAAGAACGCAGAGAAAGAGAAAGGGAACGGGAACGUGAACGAGAAAGGAGGGAGCGUGAAAGAGAGAGGGAACGUGAACGAGAGAAGGAGAAGGAACGGGAGCGUGAACGAGAGCGAGAUAGGGAUCGGGACCGAACUAAGGACCGAGACAGAGACCGUGAACGAGACCGAGAUCGUGACAGAGAUCGCGAGAGGAGUUCAGAUCGCAAGGAUCGGAGCAGAUCAAGAGAAAAAAGCAGAGACAGAGAACGGGAAAGAGAACGGGAACGGGAAAGAGAACGGGAACGAGAGAAAAACGAGCGGGAACGGGAAAGAGAACGUGAGCGGGAACGAGAACGGGAGAAGGAUAAGAAGAGAGACCGAGAAGAAGACGAGGAAGAUGCCUAUGAACGCCGAAAAUUGGAGAGGAAGCUGCGGGAAAAAGAAGCUGCAUAUCAAGAGCGUCUUAAAAACUGGGAAAUAAGAGAACGGAAGAAAAGUCGAGAGUAUGAAAAAGAGGCUGAAAGGGAAGAAGAAAGAAGAAGGGAAAUGGCAAAAGAAGCCAAACGGUUAAAAGAAUUUUUAGAAGAUUAUGAUGAUGACAGAGAUGAUCCAAAAUACUACAGGGGUAGUGCUCUUCAGAAGAGGCUACGAGACAGGGAGAAAGAGAUGGAAGCAGAUGAACGGGAUAGGAAAAGGGAAAAGGAAGAACUAGAAGAAAUUAGGCAGCGCCUUCUGGCAGAGGGACACCCAGAUCCAGAUGCAGAACUCCAGAGGAUGGAGCAGGAGGCUGAGCGGCGUAGGCAGCCACAAAUAAAACAAGAGCCAGAGUCUGAAGAGGAAGAGGAAGAAAAGGCAGAAAAAGAAGAAAAAAGAGAAGAGCCAGAGGAGGAAGAGGAGGAGCCUGAGCAAAAGCCUUGCCUUAAACCAACUUUACGACCCAUCAGUUCUGCCCCGUCUGUUUCUUCUGCUAGUGGAAAUGCAACCCCAAACACACCUGGUGAUGAGUCUCCCUGUGGCAUUAUUAUUCCUCAUGAAAAUUCACCUGAUCAACAGCAGCCAGAGGAGCAUCGGCCAAAAAUAGGACUUAGCCUCAAAUUGGGUGCCUGCAAUAGUCCUAAUCAGCCCAAUGCUGUAAAAAGGAAGAAGCUUGCUGUGGAUAGCGUUUUCAAUAAAUUCGAUGAUGAAGACAGUGAUGAUGUGCCCCGGAAAAGGAAACUUGUCCCACUGGAUUAUGGAGACGAAGAUAAAAGCAAUAUCAAAGGCAGCGUCAAUACAGAAGAAAAACGCAAACAUAUUAAGAGUCUUAUUGAGAAGAUUCCCACAGCAAAACCAGAGCUCUUUGCUUAUCCUCUUGACUGGUCAAUUGUGGAUUCAACACUAAUGGAACGUCGAAUUAGACCGUGGAUCAACAAGAAAAUAAUAGAAUAUAUUGGUGAAGAAGAAGCCACGCUAGUUGACUUUGUUUGUUCUAAGGUUAUGGCUCACAGCUCACCGCAGAGCAUACUGGAUGAUGUUGCCAUGGUACUAGAUGAAGAAGCUGAAGUUUUCAUAGUGAAAAUGUGGAGGUUGUUGAUAUACGAGACAGAAGCCAAGAAGAUUGGUCUAGUGAAAUAAAGCACUCGCCUUGCUUCUAGGGUUCCAUUUCAAUUUUGGGCUUCUUUUUUUCCAUCAUUCAAAGACUUUGAAUUUUCUCUGUUCUCAGAGACUUGAGACCUGUAUUUUUUUAUGUAGAAAAUGUGAAUUUUUUUGUCCUCUGCUCUGAGGCCCCCUUUACCCUUCUCAGUUAGUUAUCUGAAUCCUGCAUUGGUUCUCUUUAUAAUUCACAAGGUACAAUUACCGGUAUGUUUUAUAAGCUGCAGCUACUGUACAUGCUCUCUGGUAAUUUUGUUAUGUGACCAUGAUCCUUGUAAAUAUUAAGGAAACAAAUGAAACAAAAAAAGCCCCUGUUUUGCAAAACAGUUGCACUUAAUGUGGAACUAUGUCAGUUACAGGUGAAGACAAAUAAUUUUUCACAAAUUUAUCAGGGUUGUUUUUGUUAUUGGUUUUUUUUGCAUACUCUCCCUCAUUUUAUUUAAAGAAUUACCAGAAUACAAUUUAAAAAAUAAGUAGCUUGAGCUGCUUUUACAGAGCAGCUUUGUGUAUUCAUUUGGUCCCCUCCUGUGACUCUGAAAAAGGAGUUCCCUCAGCCUUUUCAUUCUAAUGUGAACCAAUAGUAGUCUUG